UUUUGGCCCUGGGGGUCAUCAGCUGCCACGGCGGAGCACAGGCUGAGGAGAACGAAGGACGUCAGAGGGAAUGUGGUGAACUUACCCUCGGAAGACCCGGAUAGCAAAAUUCUCUGAAAAGUGCAAGGAUUGUGCGCAAGCUAGCAGAAAAAGGUGUUGAGAGCGUCUGCCAGGAUGUUGCGCUCGUCGAUCGCAGGUGGUGCAACCGAGGUAUCUAAGUUGCUUUCAGGAGUAAUCAUACGGGGUUUGGUCGCCUCUCCAAGCUGCCGUGGAUUCGCCGCGGGAGCUAGUCAAGCAGGCGAUGAUCUCACCAAUGCAGACAGAUACUCAGUGGUUUUUGGUGACACUAAAACGCUGCUUUCGCAGGCGUGCGAGGUGGUGGACGCUGAGAUCAGUGGGAAUGGUUCUGGGGCUGCUCAAUUGCAUCUAAGUGAUAGCGCCUUGCCCGCCGAGAAAAUGGGGUUCGGCAAUGCUUCUAGUGCGGACAUUUCUUCCCUUCGGUGGCCAAGGUUUCAAAGCGCUGUUUUUGGCUCCUUCACAACCGGUGCCUGGCAAGAAGAGGCCUUAUUCCGACAGCAUUCACAGGCGGUGCACUCCAUUGCACUUCGUCUCAAGGAUGCCGGAAGGACGAUGGACGGUAUGAGUACGCAAGGGCAGAUCUCGGAACCUUUGGGUUUAGUCGCUACCAGCGGGCACGUCGACGUUGCGGAGCAGACUUCAGAAUCUGCAUCCGAUGCUCUCGAUGGAGUCGGUGCCGAGGCUGCCACAAGCGGGGAAACUGCAAGUAGCGAAAGCGAGCGCUCUGUCGCGGGCAGCGAUGAGAUGCGCGGCGACCCACAGGAGGUGGAUCAGGAUCAUGCGGAAGCGGGGGUUACGAGCGAGUCGCAAACAAAGGGCGCGAGAAACUUUGCCCGUGAGCAGGUGUGCACAGUGACGAUUGUGGCCAAGGCGUUUGAGCCUGAGAUGGUCGAGUACUUCCAGGACUCGGUGCUGGCGGAUUGGGUCGACGACGAGGAGCCGACGGCGGCGCUGGAGGAGGGGGCCGGUCAGGGACCGCGAGCGCUUCUGGAAGGCCACCGAAAGGCAGACGAUGCAUCUGCGACGCCUUCAACCUCAUCACCCCCGAAAACUAAGGCUCGAGCUGUGUCAGCAAUCCUGCCAACCCACAAAAGAAGGUUCACGGUCUUGAGAUCGCCCCACAUUGAUAAGAAGUCAAGAGAACAAUUUGAAAUCAACGUACACAAGCGUCUUGUGAAGAUCCGAGUUACAAUGCGGGAACUGCCGCUGCUAGUCAACUGGUUGAAGGAGCAAGCUUUCAUAGGGGUGCAGCUUGGAGUCACUGUGAAGUAUCAAACACCUCUGUCGGUGCCAGGAAAACAAUGAUGUGCAUAAGUCUUUGUGGUAAAGACAAGCAUUAUUUGACCAGUGACUGAUUCUUGAGAUGGUUCCUUCGGAAGCCGGAUCAACUGGAUUGAAUCUUGUCUAAUACAUGCUUGCUGAUCUGUAGCCUGCCGAAAAGUUGCUGAUUAAAUCUACCUCUUCGGUGAUUGCAAGAAACCCAUUCGAGUGUGUGCAAGUCUGCGC